CAGACAGUUUCUCUGAUCUUCUUAGAGAAACCUUCUUCUUUUCUCCGGAGGAUCUCUCGGGACCGAAGAACAAUCUCUAUCUCUCUGCGUGGGUGAAAUUUUAAAUGGCUGGCGUUGUCCGAUUAUCAACGACGUCGUUUCAGACCCUUGGCGUCUCUUCUUCGUCCUUCACCUCCUUUGCAACCACUCUCAAUUCUCCUUCCUUACCUCCAAAUACGAAUUACAACAAAAGAUUGCGUCUGCUCUCCUCUUCUUCCUCGUGCUCGUCUCCUCAUCACCCAUCUUCUGGUCUUAGAAGCCAUAGUCUCCUUACACGACCCAAGAGCAAGGUAGAUGAGAGUGUGGCCGAGACAGAGCCACCACCGAAAUGGUGGGAGAGGAAUGCUGGACCAAACAUGGUAGACAUUCAUUCCACGGAAGAGUUCUUGAAGGCUUUAAGCGAAGCUGGUGAAAGACUAGUCGUUGUGGAGUUUUAUGGAACUUGGUGUGCUUCCUGCAGAGCCUUGUUCCCUAAGCUUUGCAAAACGGCGGUGGAGAAUCCGAACAUAUUGUUCCUCAAAGUGAACUUUGAUGAGAAUAAACCUAUGUGUAAGAGUUUGAAUGUGAAGGUGCUUCCUUAUUUUCACUUUUACCGUGGAGCUGAUGGCCAGCUCGAGUCCUUCUCAUGUUCUCUUGCUAAGUUUCAGAAGAUAAAAGAUGGCAUCAGACUGCACAACACUGAUCGUUGCAGCAUCGGUCCAGCCAAGGGACCUGAAGGGUUUACAUUGGAAUCUUUAUCUGUGCAGACGAAUACAGCCAAGCCAGCUGGAUCAAGUUGAAGUUCCAGAUACUGAGAUUAAUAGUCUGUAUAUGCAAGAUCUGCUACUGUAACAAGCUUUGUUUGCUCAAGCAAAUACUGAGCUUAACAUUUCUGUAUAUCUGUCAAUUUUUUUGGUGUAUAAGAAUAGUGUCCUGGAGCAUGUCAUGAUUCUUUUACCACUUGUCUUUGUUGCUACAGUCCACCUCUUCGUAUUCUUUAUCUUGAUAAUUGCAUGGCUAUAUGUCUAGUCCCGAGAGAAUGAAUAACUGCUCUGAUAUUUGGCAGAGUGAUUAAUGAA